GCGCAGUCGGCGCCGGUGCACUGGGCGGAGGAGGGGUUGGUGGCGUUGCAGGAGGCCGCCGGGCUGCCGUGGUGGGCCGCCAUCGUCUGCGGCGCAGGCCUGCUCCGCACCGCCGUCACUUUGCCGCUGGCCGCGCACCAGAGCCGCCUCCUGGCCAAGUUGGAAAAUUUGCAACCUGAGAUUAAAAAACUAGCUGAGCAUCUUCGCUAUGAAGUUUCCGUUUGUCGAAAGCAACUGGGUUGGUCUGAAAAGGUGGCCAGGUUCCACUUUAAGAAAAACCUAAGGAGGAUUAUUACGGAACUGUACAUUCGAGACAACUGCCAUCCCUUCAAAGCCACUUUACUGGUAUGGGUACAGAUUCCAAUGUGGAUUUGCGUGUCCCUCGCUUUGCGCAACUGCAGUGUUGGUGCCACGGACUCAGGAGUUCAAGAACAGUUUUCAGCAGGCGGAGCAUUAUGGUUUACAGACCUCACGGCACCAGAUUCUACAUGGAUUUUGCCAGUUUCGCUUGGGCUCAUGAAUUUGCUGAUAGUGGAGAUCUUUGCUUCGCAAAAAAUGGAAGUUUCCAGGUUCCAGAAGCUUGCUACAAAUUUCUUUCGAGUGGUGUCAGUAGUGAUGAUCCCUGUUGCUGCAACAGUCCCCUCUUCCAUGGCGUUGUACUGGCUGUCCUCGAGCUUCAUGGGACUCUCGCACAACCUGUUGCUGCGUUCUCCGACCUUUCGUCGGCUGUGUUGCAUACCAAGGACCAAAUCUGACUCAGAUACUCCUUACAGGGAUAUUGUGUCUGCCUUGACUACUAAAUACGGUUUUAAGAAAUGAUGUUGUUUAAACUGUCCGAAGAGCUGUCCCACAAAUGUUGCAUGGGUAAUUAAGUAGUGCUAUCUUAUAGAGAUGUACUUAUUUACUGUAAAAUGUUGCAUCUGGAAUUAUAUUUAUUUUUCCAAAUAAAGCAUUGACCGUCUGG